AUGACUACCACCGACAUGACUACCACUGACAUAACUACCACUGACAUAACUACCACUGACAUGACUACCACUGACAUGACUACCACUGACAUGACUACCACUGACAUAACUACCACUGACAUGACUACCACUGACAUAACUACCACUGACAUAACUACCACUGACAUGACUACCACUGACAUGACUACCACUGACAUGACUACCACUGACAUAACUACCACUGACAUGACUACCACUGACAUGACUACCACUGACAUGACUACCACCGACAUAACUACCACUGACAUAACUACCACUGACAUGACUACCACUGACAUGACUACCACCGACAUGACUACCACCGACAUGACUACCACCGACAUGACUACCACUGACAUGACUACCACUGACAUGACUACCACUGACAUGACUACCACCGACAUAACUACCACUGACAUAACUACCACUGACAUGACUACCACUGACAUGACUACCACUGACAUGACUACCACUGACAUAACUACCACUGACAUAACUACCACCGACAUGACUACCACCGACAUGACUACCACUGACAUGACUACCACUGACAUGACUACCACUGACAUGACUACCACCGACAUAACUACCACUGACAUGACUACCACCGACAUGACUACCACUGACAUGACUACCACCGACAUGACUACCACUGACAUGACUACCACUGACAUGACUACCACUGACAUGACUACCACUGACAUGACUACCACUGACAUGACUACCACUGACAUGACUACCACUGACAUGACUACCACCGACAUGACUACCACCGACAUGACUACCACCGACAUGACUACCACUGACAUGACUACCACUGACAUGACUUCCACUGACAUGACUACCACUGACAUGACUACCACUGACAUGACUACCACUGACAUGACUACCACUGACAUGACUACCACCGACAUGACUACCACUGACAUGACUACCACUGACAUGACUACCACUGACAUGACUACCACUGACAUGACUACCACUGACAUGACUACCACUGACAUGACUACCACCGACAUGACUACCACCGACAUGACUACCACUGACAUGACUACCACUGACAUGACUACCACUGACAUGACAACAGAGGGAGAAGACCCGCACCACAGUGUAGGGUCAAGAGCAGACACUGUAGCAGACACUGGAGCAGACACUGGAGCAGACACUGAAGCAGACACUGGAGCAGACACUGUAGCAGACACUGGAGCAGACACUGGAGCAGACACUGGAGCAGACACUGGAGCAGACACUGUAGCAGACACUGGAGCAGACACUGGAGCAGACACUGGAGCAGACACUGUAGCAGACACUGGAGCAGACACUGGAGCAGACACUGGAGCAGACACUGGAGCAGACACUGGAGCAGACACUGGAGCAGACACUGGAGCAGACACUGGAGCAGACACUGGAGCAGACACUGGAGCAGACACUGGAGCAGACACUGGAGCAGACACUGGAGCAGACACUGGAGCAGACACUGGAGCAGACACUGAAGCAGACACUGGAGCAGACACUGGAGCAGACACUGGAGCAGACACUAGAGCAGACACUGGAGCAGACACUGAAGCAGACACUGAAGCAGACACUGAAGCAGACACUGGAGCAGACACUGGAGCAGACACUGGAGCAGACACUGGAGCAGACACUGGAGCAGACACUGGAGCAGACACUGAAGCAGACACUGGAGCAGACACUGGAGCAGACACUGGAGCAGACAUAAAUGGUUGGACACGCUUCCUUUCGCUUAAUGCCACUGUUCAUCAAGCGUGA